AUGUCAUUGGAGCUACAGCUGCCAGCAGAAAUAGCAAAAGCUGAAGUUUGUAAACGAAAAAGAAAUGCAUUAGCGGCCUUCAUUAAAGAGCUGGCUUAUGGAGGCGGAUAUGAGAGAUCAGUAUGGGCAGGGCUGGAGCUGGAGUGUGCCAAGGCGAGCUGGCGGCUGUGCGUCUGCUCCACGCCAAACACCGCGGCUCCAGCAGAGAGGAACAUGUGUCCGCGGUAG